GAUAAAAGAUAUUAUUUGAAAAAGAGUGGUUCUUCAUCAACAUCUGCGAUAAAAACAUUUACAUGUAGAAGUGAUAAAACAUACUCUGAGAAUAUUGGGGAUUAUUCAUGUGUCCCAAACUUUUGUGAAAACCCUAUAAUACCAGAACAGAGUCUUAACUUUACAUAUUUCUGGGAUAAUCAAUACAUAAACAUGGGUUCUGACUUUACAUACAAUUGUAACAGUAAUCAUGCUCUUGAGGAUAAUGUUGAUAAAAGAUCUGAUGCAGAUAACUCUAUCAAAGUCAGAUGUAACUUUAGUGGAGAAUUAGAAUAUCCCUCACCUUGGCCACAAUGCUAUGAUAGAGUUUCCUGUGGAUCUCCACCAGAAAUACCAAUUAAUGGAACCAGAGUUUGGAUUCAGAAACCUGAAGGUGAUACUUUGUAUGAAGCCAAGAUUAACUACACCUGUAAACCAGGUUUCAAGUUUGACAACAAUAAUGAUGGAACUGGAGAUACUCCAUAUGUUGAAACUGAAUGCUUGUGGAAAAAGUCUUGGUCAAAAAACUUGCCAACCUGUAUAGCCACACAUUGUCUUGAGCCAGCAACUCCGAACUCUUCUCUGAAUUUUAAUUAUUCCUGGGAUCAAGAAUUGGUUCCUGUUGGAAAUAAUUACACAUAUUAUUGUCAAUCUAAUAUGGCCAUUGAAAGUGCUACUAACAAUAAAUCAGAAGCACUAAACUUUGUUCAUAUGAAAUGCAACUCAAGUGGUGAAUAUGAAUAUCCAUUAACAUGGCCUCAGUGCUCUAUGACAAUUCAAUGUAAUUCUCCAGAAGAAGCUCCCAUUAAUGGAACAAGAGUCUGGAUUAAAGGUUCUGAAGGGGAUACAGUUUAUGAAUCUAAGAUUAAUUACACUUGUAAACCAGGAUCUCAGUUUGACACAGAUGAAAAUGGAUUUGGAGACACCCCAUUCCUGACAACAGAAUGUCUUUGGAAAAAGUCAUGGUCAAAAAAGCUACCAACCUGCAAAGUAACUCACUGCCUUGAGCCAGCAACCCCAAACUCUUCUCUGAAUUUUAACUAUUCUUGGGAUCAAGAAUUGGUUCCUGUUGGGAAUAAUUACACAUACUUUUGUCAGUCUGAUAUGGCCAUAGAAAGUGAAACUAAUAAUAAAUCAGAGGCAUUGAAUUAUUAUCAUAUAAAAUGUAAUCCAAGUGGAAACUAUGAAUAUCCUGUGAUAUGGCCACAGUGUUCUAUGACAAUACAGUGUGAAUCACCACCAAAUGCCACAUUUAAUGGAACAAGAAUAUGGACUCAAGGAACAAACAGUUCUACAGUUUAUGGAACUAAGAUAGAAUAUUCUUGUAAACGAGGAUCUCAAUUUGACACAAACAAAGAUGGAUUUGGAGAUAGUUUAACUAUAGUAAAUGAAUGUCUAUGGAAAAAACAAUGGGGCCCUUGGCCAGUUCUUCCACUUUGUAAAAUAACUCACUGCUUGGAACCAAUAACACCAGGGCAGACCUUGAAUUUUAACUUUACUUGGGGUAAUGAUAUGGUAGCUGUAGGGGAUAAUGUGACUUACAACUGUCAAACAGACAUGGUUUUUGAAGCUAACACAACCUUAAAAUCAGAAUCAAUUUCAUUUAUCAAUUCUACAUGUAACCCAGAUGGAACUUAUUCUUAUCCUACGAUAUGGCCACAAUGUUCAGCAACCAUUUCUUGUGGAAUUCCACCUCUAGUACCAGUAAACGGUUCUAAGAUUUGGAUUAAUGGAACUGAACCAAAUGAUACCUAUAAUACUGGUAUUCUAUAUAAAUGUGUAAAUGGCUCUAAAUUUGACACUAAUGGUGAUGGAAUUGGUGACAGUGAUAAUGUAACAGUUGAUUGUCAGUGGAGGAAAGCCUGGAGUCCUUGGCCUAUUCUUCCUAAAUGUAUUGUAACACAUUGUGUUGAUCCAUUCCCCAUACCUGGAGAUUCAGAUUUAGAAGAGGUUAAUACUGGUUGGGUUCCUAUUAAAACCUUAAAAUGGUAUCAAUGUAAGGGAAAACUUCAAAAUGGAACAAAUACUAAAUUUUUUGAAUCAGACAGAUCACUAACAUCCUUUUCAAUGCUAUGCUUGUCCAAUGGAUCCUUCAAGUUUGAUAAUUUGAGACAAAACUGGCCAACAUGCUUAAGUACUGUACAUUGUGGGCAACCCCCAAAUGCAACUGAAAAUGGAGUUAGAACUUGGAUAAAUGGUAUUGAAUUCAAAGAAACUUAUGGCACAAAAGUUUCAUACCAAUGUGUAAAGGGUUCUCAGUUUGACACCAAUGGAGAUGGUAAGGGAAACAGUCUUUCCAUUGUAACAGAAUGUAUGUGGAACAAAACUUGGACUCCUUGGUCUGUUUUACCGAAGUGUGUUAUAACACAUUGUGUUGAUCCUUUUCAAAUACCUUCAAACACAUCUUUAGAGGAAUCAUCUUCAGCUUGGACAGAAAUAAACAAAAAUAAAGAAUACAGAUGUUCUAGAAUGCAGAAUGGCAAGCACACACAGUUUUUCCAGUAUGAUCGAUCCAAAUCAUCUUUUUCAAUGAGAUGUCUAGAAAAUGGAACAUUUGAUUUUUUGAAUAGUACAGAGAACUGGCCUAUUUGUUUAGAAGAUAUUGAAUGUGAAAGGCUUCCUCCAAAUAUUCCAACUGAUCCAGAAUACUUAGAACCUGAAAAUGAUGGAAAAGUCCUCAUAAAUAAGUUGGAUUACCCGGUAGGAACUCCACAUAAUCUAGUUUUCAGAUCAGACAGAAAUAAUACAGAGAUUGCAAGAAACUAUAUGGCGAAUCUGACGUAUUACUGUGGAUCUGCUAGGCAAUUUUUGGAUAAAAGCGGUGUUCACCAUGAUAUCCAUAGAAUGACUUGUCUUUGGGAUAGAAACUGGACUGCAACCAAUGUUCUGGACCCUUGUGACUGGGUUCAGUGUCUAAAGCCUCCAAAUCCACCUACUUUUACAAACUUGAGGGUAACUGAUUGGGAUGGAGAGCCCAUUAAUUUUGGGGAUAAGAUAACAUAUGUUUGUGAAAAAGGAUAUCAAUUUGAAGACGACCAAUACCAGGUCAGUAUUUCAUAUCAAUGCCAAGAUGGAUUAAAACCUAAAACAAUCCGUGGGUUCUUUAAUACUCCUGCAACAGAUGAUCAAUGGCCCAAAUGUACCAAAGGUCCUCUUUGUGUAACCCCACCUAAUCCACCAUUUGAGGGAUCAGUAGAAAAUACUCCAAUUAUAUUUCCAAAGGAAGCGGAAGAAUCUUGUCAUACUGAUGGGUCUCAAGUGAACAUUAAGUGUCCAUCCUUUCUAAAUAUAUAUAUAACCUCAGGUUAUUAUGGAAGAGUUAAAGACACUAACAUUCUUUGUGAUGGAAAUAAAGAUUCAGUAACACUGAAGGAAGACUGUGUAAAUCUACAGGUUGUUGAAUCCUCUAGAACAACUUGUAUUUCUAAAUAUAACUGUACAAUCCCUGUUGUUACAACAAUCCAAACCUGGAAACCACCUUGUGACAAGAAACAGAAGAAUCAGUUAAUGUUAAAUUAUGUUUGUGUUCGAUGUAGGGAUUGGGAUAUUGAUGCUUUGGAUCUAAAUUGUGUCUUCAAAGCAUUGACGUUGAACUUAUGGAGAACUGCAGCAGAUCUUAUAGAUGUAACUAAAGAAGAUAUGAAAACUAUUCUUGUGAGCGAGCUUAGCAAGCAUUUGGACAAUAGUAAACACUCCUUACAAGAUUUAAGUGACAGGGAGGUAAGUAAGACUGACGGUUCACUAUGCUCUCUGGCUUUUAUGCAUCUAGCUCUUGUGGAUUCAAUUAAAACAGAAAGCCAAAUGAAAAAUUUAUCAUAUGAUACAAUGAAGGAAGUUAUUGUGGAAGAAAUAAUGAAAGUUAAAAACCUCAAUAGUUCAACUUAUGAUGUUAACCAGAAGGAUGAAAUUCAUCUGAAAAUGUUUAAACAAGUUGUAUGUGGUGACAUACCAGUUAAAUCUAACUCAGUUGGUUCCAUUCCAACUCUGAAUGCUGGAGAUUCUGAAGAAAACAGAAAUAGAAGAGUAUAUGGAACUAAUCUUAGAUAUGAAUGCGGUGUAGCCAGAAAAUUUUUAAGUAAGGAAAGUAAAAAAACCUAUGAUGAGAGAUGGAUGACCUGUAAUUGGAAUACUAGCUGGACACCAACAGACACCUUGGAGGAGUGUGUUUGGGUUCAAUGCAUAAAUCCACCAAUGCCUCCUCCUGGAAGUGGGAUGUCCUCUAUGUGGGACGGAAACCCUGUUGAGUUCAAUGCUGGAGUUGGUUACAAUUGCACCAAGGGUUUAUUCUUUGAGAUGAAUCGGGAUUUGCUCCAGUGGAAUCUGACUUGUCUUCCAGAUGGAUCCUGGAAAGUGCCUGAAGUUUGGCCAAGAUGUUUAGCAAAUGUAAAUUGUACGGAACCACCACCACGCCCCUCUUCAGGAACCUGGGAAUGGAAUCAGUCAUAUUCAUACAAAACUCGGAUCCAGUAUACUUGUGGACCAUUUGGGAAGUUUAAAUCUUCAAGUGGAGCCUUAGAGGCUUCUACUAUAGCAGAAUGUAACUGGAAUAAAACUUGGACUCCUCAGAAACUAGAUCCUUGUCAGGCUACACGAUGCCAAGAUAUCCCUGCCCCUCCUCGAAGUUCUGGACUUGUUUAUAAACCAGAUCCUAAGAAUCCUCUCCCUAACUCAGGUGUCUGUCUAUACAGUCCUGAUAUUCCAGCCAAGCUACCAUUUCCAGGAGAAAGCUUUUGUUCUAAAAACACCAAGCUGAUGAUAAUUGGAAAUAUCCCUAAAACAGUAAGAUCUGUUCCGGCAUUAUUGGUUGCUUCUAAUAUGAGCAAUGAAGGUAUCCAUAUAAACCUAAACUUGAAGAAUAAGGUUAUAGAAAGAUACAGUGUAGUUAAUGGAACUAAAUCCUCUAUUGAUGGAUUGCCUGGUGAUGGAACUAGUAUAGAUUAUGAUGAACCCUUUGUUCUAAAUCUCAGCUGUGAUCAAGAUGGAUGGAUUCUACAGAUUAACAACGAACCAAGUUAUCUGACUGUUCUACAUGCUGUACCAGUAGAUAACCUUACAGAGAUCAGAGUAACUGGUGAUAUUGUUGUCAACUAUAUUGGAAUUGGAGAUAAAGAUCAAGAUCCUGCACCUCCUGUUGGGUUUAACCUGACCUAUAUUUGUCCGGAGGGACAAGUUUUUGAUAGAGAUUGGUUUGCCACUCCAUUCGUUAUGCUGACAUGUCAGGCUGAUGGUGUAUUUGAUCCAGUAGACUGGUCUGAAUAUCAUUGUGUUUUCCCGAAGAGAGAAUAUGGAUAUAAAGCGAAGAGAGAAUAUGGAUACAAAGCGAAGAGAGAAUAUGUAUACAAAGCGAAGAGAGAAUAUGAUACAAUGCGAAGAGAGAAUAUGGAUAUAAAGCGAAGAGAGAAUAUGGAUACAAAGCGAAGAGAGUAUGUGGAUACAAAGCGAAGUGAGAAUAUGGAUACAAGAGAGAAUAUGGAUACAAAGCGAAGAGAGUAUGUGGAUACAAAGCGAAGUGAGAAUAUGGAUACAAAGCGAAGAGAGAAUAUGGAUACAAAGCGAAGAGAGAAUAUGAUACAAAGCGAAGAGAGAUAUGGAUACAAAGCGAAGAGAGAAUAUGGAUAA